CGACCACCUUGAGAUCAAUAAUGACGCAGUGGGGAAAGCUAGCGUCUGCCUCGCGCUUGCUGCGCCGCACCUUCGUGCAAGCCAACAGCCCGCAUCAUGCCAGGGCGUUCUCUUCGUCGCCGCAUCCGUCGGAGUCCUUCUUGAGCGGCACCAACAACGUCUACGUUGAGGAAAUGUACAAGACGUGGUCCAAGGACCCCACGAGCGUGCACAAAUCGUGGGAUGUGUAUUUCCGUCAAGUGGACCAAGGCGCCGUCCCCGGUGAAGCGUUCAUCCCGCCACCGACCGUUCAAUCUGGCGUGACCCCCGUUGCGCGUUCUGCCGCCGCGGCCGUGAAUGCGUCCACCGACAUCAACCACGCAUUGGGAUUAAGCUACUUGAUCCGCGCGUACCAAAGCCGUGGUCAUGAAGUCGCCAAGUUGGACCCGUUGGGGUUGGACGUGCGUCCGUCGCUUCCGGAACUGGACAUCUCCAUGUACGGGUUCACCGAAGCCGACUUGGACAAGACGAUCUCGAUCCCCAAAAACUUUGCGUCUGGAGUCACGGGGUUCCUCGAAGAACUGAGCGACGGCCAAAACCCGACGCUCGGAUACAUCGUGCAGCGCCUCAAGGAAACGUACACGAGCUCCAUCGGCGUGCAAUACAUGCACAUUUCGGACCGGGAAAAGUGCAAUUGGAUCCGCACCAACUUGGAAAGUUUGGUGAAAAAGGACGAAACCAAGGCCAAAAAGCUGCACAUUUUGGAGCGAUUGGCGUUUUCGGUCGUGUUUGAGCGCUUCUUGGGCAACAAGUACAACACGACCAAGCGCUUUGGACUGGACGGCGGCGAGUCGCUUAUUCCUGGCCUCAAGUACAUGAUUGACCGCGCCACGGAACUCGGCAUGGAGCAUGUCGUGAUCGGAAUGCCCCAUCGCGGUCGGUUGAACGUGUUGUCGAACGUGAUCCGCAAGCCGAUUCACCAAAUCUUCAAAGAGUUUCAGGGCACGCAUGUCGAUAUUGACAAGUACAGCGACGAGCAUUUGGCCGACUGGAGCAACUCGGGGGACGUCAAGUACCACUUGGGCACGUCGUUUGAUCGAACGUACCCCGAUGGCCGCCAAGUGCACUUGAGUUUGGUCGCAAACCCAUCGCAUUUGGAAGCAGUCAACCCCGUCGUAGUCGGCAAGUGCCGCGCCAAGCAGUUUUACCUGGGCAAUGACGACGUCGCCGACCAAAAGGUCCUGCCGCUGCUGCUUCACGGAGAUGCUGCCUUUAGUGGCCAAGGCGUAGUGUAUGAGACGAUGCACUUGGCCGAGUUGGAAAACUACGACACGGGCGGUACCAUCCACGUGGUGGUGAACAAUCAAAUUGGGUUUACGACCGACCCUAAAAACUCUCGCUCGUCGCAGUACUGCAGUGAUGUGGGCAAGGCGAUGAACGUGCCGAUUUUCCACGUGAACGGGGACGAUCCAUUGGCUGUGGUCAAAGUAUUUGAAUUGGCGGCAGAAUGGCGCCAAAAAUGGCGGUCCGACGUGAUUGUCAACUUGACGUGUUACCGCAAGUUUGGGCACAACGAAAUCGACAACCCAUUCUUUACACAGCCGCUCAUGUACAAGAAGAUUGGGAGCAUGCCGAACGUGCUCGAGUCGUUCUCGGACCAGUUGGUGGCGUCCAACGUGGCGUCCAAGGCGGAAGUGGACGCUGUGGUGCAAAAGGUGUGGGACUUCUACGGCGAAACGUUUGAAGAGUCCAAGACGUGGGAGGACAGCAAGAAGAGCGACUGGUUGGCCAACAAGUGGGAGUCGUUCAAAAGCCCCACUCAGCAGUCGCGCAUUCGCCCCACGGGCAUGGAUAUCGACAAGUUGAACCAUAUUGGCGCGCAGCUCACGUCCAUCCCCAACGGAUUCCAGCUGAAUACGCAAUUGAAGCGCAUUCUCGCUGCCAAGGCACACGCGCUCAAGACUGGCGAAGGACUCGACUGGGGCACGGCGGAAGCGCUCGCGUGGGGCGGCCUUCUCCUCGAAGGCAACCACGUGCGCAUCUCAGGUCAAGAUGUCGAGCGAGGCACGUUUAGCCACCGCCAUGCAGUUCUGCAUGACCAAGAUACGAACCAAGAGCAUGUGCCGUUGAACACACUGGCCAAGUCGGUGAACCCCGCCACGGCCGUGACCAUCCCGGGAGAGCAUACCCAAGCGCCAUUCGUUGCGUCCAACUCGUCGUUGUCCGAGUUUGCCGUGCUGGGAUUUGAAUUGGGCUAUUCGCUGGAAAACCCCAAUGCGUUGGUGAUGUGGGAAGCGCAAUUUGGCGAUUUCGUCAACGGCGCUCAGAUUAUUGUGGAUCAAUUUUUGAGUGCCGGCGAAGACAAAUGGAUGCGCCAAAGCGGGCUCGUCAUGCUCUUGCCGCAUGGAUAUGAAGGACAAGGCGCGGAACACAGUUCGUGCCGCAUUGAACGAUUUUUGCAGCAAACUGACGACGACCCGAACGUUGUGCCGCCCAUGGACGAGUCGAACCGUAUGCAAAUCCAACAGACCAACUGGCAAGUCGUGUACUGCUCGACGCCGGCGCAAUACUUUCACGCGCUUCGCCGUCAAAUCCACCGCGACUUCCGAAAACCGCUGAUUUCAGUCCAGCCCAAGUCGCUCUUGCGACUCAAGCAAGCGUCGUCCAACUUGGCCGACCUUGGCCCAGGCACCAAGUUCCACCGGCUGUUGCCAGACCCGUCGUCCAACCUCGUCGCAGACGACCAAGUCAAGCGUGUGGUGUUUUGCACGGGCAAAUUGUACUACGAACUGGCUGCCGAGCGCGAAGAGCACGGCAUCAACGACAUUGCAUUGGUGCGCGUGGAGCAAAUCGCGCCAUUUCCGUUUGAUAAGGUGGCGGAACAAGCUGCCAAGUACAAGAAUGCGGAGAUCAAGUGGGCCCAGGAAGAGCCCGAGAACAUGGGCUUCUGGACGUAUGUGUCGCCCCGCAUUGAAACCGCCCUGACCAAGAUCUCCCACGAUUCGCGGCGUCCGACGUACAUUGGCCGCCCGACGUCUGCCGCCCCCGCCACAGGCUACGGCGCCGUCCAUGUCUUGGAGCAGAACCGCAUCGUCAAGAAGGCUUUGGGUCUGCCCGUCAAGAAAAGCAACUAAAUCUGUCAUUUCUUAAGAGAUUUUAGAUCAAGUUUUCAAUGAAUGUGGCCCAAAUUGUAAAAUUGAGUGGUGCUAUUAGUAUUGUACUACAGUAUACACCAACUUGGAUCGGUUACAUGAUUGGUAGAAAAAGAAUUCCUCUGAAAUCUUGAACCAAUCAUCUGCGAUUUAAUUUGCGUGUUGGAACGGUGACUGGAUAAAAUCAAGUGACUCGGAACUGUUUUCAGCCUAUGGAUAUUGAUUGUCGAUAUAUUCGAAAUUGUAGAGGGAUGGGUGUUCACAGUGUCAAUCGAAUGAGCAGAAUACAAUAACCAAAUCGGCAGAGAAUCGAUCGACCAAUCAAAUCCCAGAACACGAAUCUAGUAGCCAAUCAAUCCACUCUUCGAACCAAAUUUCGGCAAUUUUGCAUAGAGGACCCCACCCCCCCUCCAUCGAAGGCUCCCAAAAAGUCUCACGGAACCAAGCCCAUACGUGGUAGUACAUAUAAGUGUAAUAUGUGGAGGGAUCGACUCGUAUGUUUG